AUGAAGAAAAUGCAGGAAGAAGAGAAACAAAAACGAGCUUCUGAUCGAGAACGUAAAAAAAUGGAACGAAUCUUACAACAAGCACAAAAGAAAGAAGAAAUGAAAAAGAAGAAAGAAGAGAGAGAACGACGCAAGGAAGAAAAAGAAAAUGCAAAGAAGGAAAAACAGAAACGUAACAAUGAUCACACGCCAAAUGAAACGGAGCACAGAGGUGGACCAAAACCUGCACAAUUGUCAAUUUUGACAGAAGCAGUUGUUGAUGUUGUUGGGAGAAUAUCCCAAACAGUGACAGAAGUUGCCCUGUCUGAAGACAUGGAUUUGUCCAUGAUUUUGAUAAAACGACAAAUAACAGCAUUCAACAUUGGCAUUAGUAUAGGUGUCCCCUGUAAAGGCUACGAAGAUGGCUGCCAAAGCCUCACGAACCAGGACAUGUUCCACCUAGAACAUAAGAUACAAAGGAUGCAGCAUGAGAUUGAUGAAACCAGCAUGAGACUCGAAAUGUUGGCAUCGACGCCAUUCACAGAUAAAGAACGUGUCAGACCGAAAGUUUACUCAUUAAGGGAUGGUAUUAAGUCUGAGAAGAUAAUCAGCGACUCCGAUGUUCGGUUCUUCUCCAAAUCCAAGGAGGCUAGUGCCCAAGACGCCAAUCGUUGGAGCAUCCAGGAUGGACAUGGCCUGUCAAACUGA